UCGAAAGCGUUCACCCGCUUGAAACUUGAUACCCUGCAACCGUCGGAGAGCUGAGCAAUGAAAUGUCGCCGCCGAUGAGUCUCUCUGCAACUCACCUUACCACUUCUCGCUUCCCGCCAAAAACCAUAACCGACCACCCAUCACUCUCUCCCUUCUUUUCCUUUCCCAGAACCCUCCCCUCCCAAAAUCCUAAAUCCUCUAAAUUCACCAUUCGGAGCUCCGCCGCCGACACCAAAACACUUGCGCCCAAGUCUGCCAUUCAGAGAAUCGCCGAGAAGCUCCGAAGCCUCGGGUUCACCGAGAGCACCCAAAAUCCCGACAGGCAGCCCGAUACGAAGUCUGCCGGGGAAAUCUUUGUUCCGAUUCCGGAGAAAUUGCCCAAGUACCGGGUCGGGCACACGCUAGAUGCAAGCUGGAGCACGCCCGAGAACGCGGUCCCAGAACCGGGUACCGGCGGAGCGAUUGCGAGGUUUCAUGAGUUGAGGCGGGAGGUGAAGAAGCAGAAGGAAUUAGAGAGGGAGGAGAGGAAGGGGAAGGGGGAGGGGAGGGUUCCGACAUUGGCGGAGCUGAGAUUGGGGAAGGGUGAGUUGAGGCGGCUAACGACGGUUGGGCUUGGGCUGAGGAAGAAGCUGAAGAUUGGGAAGGCUGGGAUUACUGAAGGGAUUGUGAAUGGGAUUCACGAGAACUGGCGGCGGUCGGAGGUUGUGAAGAUUGUGUGUGAGGAUUUGUGUAGGUUGAACAUGAAGAGGACUCAUGACUUGUUGGAGAGAAAAACUGGAGGGCUGGUUGUCUGGAGGGCUGGAAGUAAGAUAAUUUUGUAUAGGGGGGUGAACUAUAAGUAUCCAUACUUUUUGCGUGACAAUGUUUGCGAAGAUUCAAUGAGCGAGGCUAACUCUAAUGCACUACCUGAUACACACAUCAAUGAUGGAGGAAAUGAGAGCGGUACAUCCAGCAAAAAUGAUGUAAACUCUGCUAUAGUACCAAGUACAAGCUAUGAACAAGCUCAACCAGGAUUAGUACAAGGUGUUGGUUUGCCAGGUAGAGUUCGGUUUCAACUUCCGGGCGAGGCACAACUUUCAGAAGAAAAUGACAGCAUGUUAGAGGGACUGGGGCCGCGGUUUACUGAUUGGUGGGGUUACGAACCUCUUCCCGUUGAUGCUGACCUUCUACCAGCCAUUGUUCCUGGAUACAGGAAACCUUUCCGCCUUCUUCCCUAUGGUCUGAAGCCUAAACUAACAGAUGAUGAAAUGACCACAAUAAGAAGACUCGGCCGACCCUUACCAUGUCAUUUUGCAUUGGGCAGAAAUAGAAAUCUUCAGGGUUUGGCUGCUUCCAUUGUCAAACUCUGGGAAAAAUGUGAGAUUGCCAAAAUAGCUGUUAAAAGAGGGGUACAGAACACUAAUAGCGAGAUGAUGGCUGAAGAGUUAAAGAGGCUGACUGGCGGAACUCUGCUUGCUCGGGACAGGGAAUUUAUAGUUUUGUAUAGGGGAAAGGAUUUUCUGCCACCUGCAGUUUCGUCUGCAAUAGAAGAGCGGAGGAGGCAUGCAAUACGUGUUGAGCGUAGUACCUCAGUUCCAUCUAGACAGGAUCUUGAACCCAGUAUCGAGCCAGAAAAUAAACAUGUCUGGAUCGAUGAUCAUAAAAUGGGGCUUCCAUCCGCAAGAAAGCUAAAGUCUACCGAGGCAGCUGUCGAUAGGACUAGCAUUAAAUUGUCCAUGGCUUUAGAAAAGAGAGUAAAGGCAGAAAAACUUCUAGCGGAUCUGGAGAACGCAGCGACCCCCCAACAACCGGAAAUAGAUAAAGAAGGUAUUACUAAAGAAGAAAGAUAUAUGCUAAGGAAGGUUGGCUUGAGAAUGAAGCCUUUCCUACUGAUGGGAAGGCGAGGAGUAUUUGAUGGAACAAUUGAAAACAUGCAUCUUCAUUGGAAGUACAGGGAACUCGUUAAGAUAAUAUCUAAUGAGAAAAGCAUCGAAGCUGUUCACCAAGUAGCACAAACCUUAGAGGCAGAAAGUGGUGGGAUACUAGUGGCAGUGGAGAGAGUGAGUAAGGGUUAUGCAAUUAUUGUGUAUCGCGGAAAAAAUUAUAGCAGGCCUGCUUCUUUGAGACCUCAGACACUUCUGACUAAAAGAGAAGCAAUGAAACGUUCUAUUGAGGCACAGCGUCGUGAGUCUUUGAAACUUCAUGUUUUAAAGCUUAAUGAAAACAUAGCUGAAUUGAAGCUUCAAUUGAAUAAAGAAAAGGAAUCAGACAAUACGCACUCGGUUAACGAAUCAAGAACUCAAUUGGCUAGAGACAAACAAGAAGCUCAUGUGAUUCCCAUAAGUUUGAAUGAUGGAGUGGCACCUGUUGUGAACGGUCAAUUAGCCACGCAACAAGACAAUAUGACGAGUUUCUCUCCGACCUGUGACGAGGGUGAAUCUGGGAAAGUUGAGCCAGGAUCUUCAAAUGAAUCAGUUACAAAUGAAGAGGAUGACACUAGUACAGUUGAGACAGGAUCUUCAAAUGAAUCAGUUACAUAUGAAAGUCGUGCAAAUUCACUCAAGGAUAUAAAUGGAGAAGUUGAAGACUUCCCAUCUACGUGUUGUUCCGAAGAUGUUCUGGCUAGAAACAAACAAGAAGUUCAUGUGACUCCCAUGAAAUUGGAAGAUAGAACGGGCACUGUAGUAGACGGUCAGGUAGCCACACAACAGGAUAAAGUCCUUACUUUCUCUUCGAUCUGGGGUGAGGAUGAAAAUGGUAAAGCUGAGCCAGUAUCUUCCAGUGAACCAACUAGAAAUGAAACGCAUGCAAAUUUGCUCAAGGAUGUAAAUGGAGAGGAGGGAGUCCCCGUCUCUAAAUCUUUCUCGACAAACCGUUUGAGCAGUUCAGCAACUGUGGUCAAACAUCGUUGCAUUUCUGAUAAUGAGGCCAGGGACUCAUCACGCAGACCUGGCAAUAGUGAAUCAGAACCAUCAGUCCCAGUACUGGUAAGAAAGAAUUUUAAUGAGAGGCCCUCGAAGGCAGUUCGUCUUUCCAACAAUGAGAGGCUUCUUCUGCGAAAACAAGCCCUCAAGAUGAAAAACCGCCCUGUGAUAGCAGUUGGAAGGAGCAACAUUGUAACUGGUGUUGCUAAAACAAUCAAGGCGCACUUUGAGAAGCACCCUCUUGCGAUAGUGAACGUCAAGGGCAGAGCAAAAGGAACUUCGGUCAGGGAAGUUGUUUUCAAACUGGAGCAAGCAACGGGUGCGGUUUUAGUCUCCCAGGAGCCUAGCAAAGUUAUACUUUACAGGGGCUGGGGCGCAGGAGACAAUCCUCGCCGUAAUGGAAGUAACACGGGGAAAAAUGCUUCUACUCGGGGUGCUGUGUCUCCCGAACUCCUGGCGGCAAUAAGACUCGAGUGCGGUUUUAAAUCUCGCGAAGGCGAAGAUGCAGCUGCUUAGGUUGGAAUCUUAGCUUGUGCCAGAAGGUACCGCUGGAUCAUCUAUCCCUUGAUCAUUGCCUACGGUAGAAAGCUUGCACCUACACACACAGUCACCGAAGCCGAUGAUCAUCUUAAGAGCGUGAGUAGACUCCGGAAUUCAUCUGUUCUUACCUCUUUUGGCAUCUCAAAUUCCAGGAAUUGUGGAGAUGAUAACUUUGGAAUGGUUAAUAACCUUCGUACAUAGAUUGAUUUAGUGCUUCAAGAAGAGAAAUGCAGGCAUUCCGUCGACACUUUACAUCCAAUGACCGGAAGUUUAACGCUAGAAGUCCAGAGAGCUGGUUGAGUUGAGGUUCAGAUUAGGUUUAGUCAAGUUGUAAACUCAGAAGACACCCUCUGUAUCUGUGAAUUUUCGAAACAUUUAUAAACAUUCAUCAAAUUUUGAUU